AUGGAUCGAACUGAUGACGCGGAAAAACACACACAAAGGGGUGCAGUAACGGAUCGUGCGAAUCUCAUCGCUGACGGUGCAAAUUCAAAUGGUUCAUAUGGUGCGGCUGGAAUUGAGGCACCAAAUACAGCCAUAAUGGUAACGAUGGUAACUAAUGAACGUCUGGCUUCAAGAGUGGAGAGUCUGUUCGCGCCAGGAAAGUUGUUGUACAUUGCCGAGGAUGAGAGUUUGGAGAAUGGAGUAUCGAGUCAAUGGAUUGAUCCUAAGUGA